GGUUGUAGAUGAAGAUUUGCUUCGAAUGAGUUGGAAAUAUUAAGUUCACCAUGGAUGGUACGCAAAAUAAGAAACCCUUGUUAUGUUGCCGCGCCUGCCUGUCCGCCGGCGGCAAAUUAUUCAACAUACAUGAAUAUAAACUUACUGACGCCUUCACGCACAUCACAGGGAUUACUGUUGACAAGGAGCGACUUCCGCAGCACCUGUGUGUGUACUGCUCCACUCAACUGCUUAAAAGUGUAUCCUUUAGAGACAUGUGCUGGCGCACACAACAGCAUCUAAACUUAGAUGCAGAAGAGAAGCUGACCUUGGAAAAUGUCCGUAAAAUAAAUUCUUCUAACCAAUACCUGGACCUUACGUUAACCGAAAUUCAAACCAUAGAAUGUAUGGAUGUACCAUCAACUGACACGGCCAUAGAAUUUAUAGAUACCCCUCCAACUGAUGCAACCACACAUUUUAUAGAAACAACUAUAGAUUCUGUAGAUACACCUGCUGACACAACUAUAGAUGGUAAUGAUUCUACAGAUAUAGAUCUCCCCCUGAAUGAUAUUGAUCCAGAAGGUGUUAAUGUUACUCUUGAACCAAAUUUUGAUUUUACUAAUGUUGAUGAUACUUUAAAAAAAUACAAAACAGUAAUUAAAACAAACAAUAGAUCAGGUCUUGAUAUUGAGCCUAUGUACUUCCCACUGCUGGGCACAGGCCUCGGGCAUAGUAGCAACAGUAACACAAAUGUAGAAACUGUUGGAGAUGAUGAUGUAAAUAAAACUGAACCAAUAAUGAUAUAUGAAAACAUAAACCCAGUACUUAAUGUCACCAAUGAGGAAUUUCGCAAAUCGAGUUUAAAACCAGGUCAAGCAGAUAGCAACAUAAAAAGAACAGAUACAAAAAUUAAAAAUAACAGAAAUCAGAAAAAUAAAAAAGACAAUUCUGAUGUAAAAAUAAAAGAAAAUAAGAAGCAGAAAAGUAAAGAAGACAAUUCUGAUACAAAAAUAAAAGAAAACAGGAAGCAGAAAAGUAAAAAAGACAAUUCUGAUACAAAAAUAAAAGAAAACAAAAAGCAGAAAAUUAUAAAACUCGCACGAAAUGUAAAACAUGUUGGUGUAGAUGGAAUAAUAAAGAAAAGUGAUUUAAAAGUUGAAUAUGAAAAUCAAAAGCAGGUUCUUAAUAUAAGCAAAGAUAAACUUCAGUAUAUUAAAGAUAGAAUGAGAACGAUUGGGGCCAGUAUCAAGAAGAAAAUGCAGAAAGAAAUCGGGGAAAACAGUGCAAAUAAAGACAUUAAGAUAAGUAUUGAAACUAAAAAGGAAGUUGAAGUAGAUGGGGUCAGUGAUGUAAACAUUAUUAGGAUGCCAAUAAAAAUGAAAGUAGACAAUUUGAAAGAGAAUGCGCUGAAGAAGAGGAUAGAUAUGAAAAUGAUGAUGAUGAGAUGUAGGAAAAUUAGGAAAAAAAUGAGAAGGGUUCCACUGAAUAACUAUUUGCCGUGGUUUGAUUAUGCUCAAUUUGAAAAGGAUUUUGAAGUGAAAAUUAUGAUUUUGAACAAGGAAGAGCAACUGCAAGAAAUCGUCGCUCGUAAGAGUUCCCGGAACUACCUGGAGUCACCGUUCCGGUGUGAGUCCUGCGGAAAAGGGUUCAAUGCGGAGGCCGCCUUCAACAACCACACAAAUAGACACAGUCCUAGCGUGGGCGCGUUUCCUUGCGAGAUCUGUGCCCUCCGCUUCCGAAGUAACGGUUUGCGACACAGUCACGAGGAUACUCACAAACUCAAGUUCACAUGUAGCUUGUGCGGGUUCGUGACCCGGAUGAGGUAUAUGGCGAGGAAUCACCACGCCAUGCACAAGGGGGAGACAUUCCCGUGCCGACAUUGCGGGAAAACUUUCCUCAAACCCACGUCGUGUCUGACCCAUAUGAGACUGGCGCACCCCACACUCAACGUGUCUUGCAACCAGUGUGGGGAGACCUUCGUCGGAGACUUUGGCCUGAGGCUACAUCAGAACAAAGCACACGGCAAGAAACGGCAAGAGUUUAAGUGUCACACCUGUUCAGCCAACUUCCUUAACGAAGAAGCUUUGAAGAGACAUACGGAGUCGGCUGGCGAGCAUAAUGACAAAGACCUGCGCCCGUGCGAGCAGUGCGGAGAGAACUGUGCGAGCGAGACACAACUACAGGAACAUGUCGAGAAGGCACAUCCGAAGGAAACGUACCGCUGUGACGAGUGCGACAUAUCGUUUAUCGACACACCGGCGCUUGAAACACAUAUACAGCGCAACCACAUCGGGAAAGGCUACGCCCCUUCGGACCGGCGCCGGCGCGCGGAAGACCGCAAGCAUCUGUAUCUGUGGCGCAAGAAACACGUCCCAGAAAAACCCACCACGCCCAACAAUCCCAACAAGCCCACUAUUCCCACCAAUAAGCCCCAAGCGGUGGUGUGCGACCAGUGUGGCCGUUUCAUGAAGUCGCAGACCGUAUUCCGGCAUCACAUACUGCGCGACCACCAGAACGUGAAACCCUACGCCUGCAACGAGUGCCCGAUGAAAUUCUUCAACAAAGGGAACCUUCAGAUACACCUACGGAAGCACACAGGGGAGAGACCGUUCCAGUGCCCCGACUGUCCGCUCGCCUUCUCCUUCAAAGCGAACCUCUAUCGACAUCAGAAAACCGCACAUCUAGGUAUCCGGGACAGCUUCCCGUGUGCCAUCUGCGACCGUACCUACACCACAAAGGCCUCGCUCACUACGCACGUGAACACAGUUCACUGCGGACGCCCGUGGCCGCGACGGGACAGGAGCAAGCGACCGAAAACUAAAGGCCAAUCAGCUGAAAGUACUAAAACGAGUACUGGGAGUCAAUAACCCAGUUUACACGUGUUUUUAUACCAUGUCGGUGGCAAAUAGGUAUACGGUCCGCCGAUGGAAAGCGGUCCCCGUAAUCUAUGGCCUGCAACUCAAGGGGUGUCACAUGUUGGCGACCCAUUAGAAACUUGUACUCUUUCAGAACCCCAUACUGUAGUUCAUCGGAAACUAUAACUCAGCUUUCAAACAAAAAAUACUAAAUACAAAUCGGUUCAUCCGUUCGAGAGCUACGAUGCCACAGACAGACAGACAAACAGACAGUUCACUGCGGACGCCCGUGGCCGCGACGGGACAGGAGCAAGCGACCGAAAACUAAAGGCCAAUCAGCUGAAACUACUGAAACGACUACAGGUCAAUGACCCCGUGUACAUUACGGGAUCGCUGGCUCUGCACGUGAAGACAAUAGUUUUGUUACCAUAUUUCAAUAAAUUAUUAAAACAAAA